UAAACUUAAAUCGGGUGUCAUGGCCAAGGCGAGCAUUUGUUUGGUGCCCAUUCUCUGCCAGUUUUGGACUUUGCAGGCUGCUCUUUUGGAUAACCUUGUGGAGCAGAGCAAUAUUUACUACCUCUCAAGCACUGCUGAGGUGCCAUUGGAAAAUAUUGAUCAAUUGGAUUCCGUAGAAUCAGUAAAGUUCAUAGUUCACGGAUAUUUGGGCUCCAGGACCCAUGGGUCCAUUAUGCCUUUACGGAAUGCCUAUACCUCCCAGGGCUACGCAAAUGUUCUGGUAGCCGACUGGGGACCAGCGGCCAACUUGGAUUACCCCACCUCCCGAUUGGCAGUAAAGAAAGUGGGUCAUUUUUUGGCCAAAAAACUUGACGACUUCCUCCAAAAACACGGCAUUCAAUACGAAGCGGUUCACGUAAUAGGUCACAGCCUGGGAGCCCAUAUAGCGGGUCGAAUCGGCAGGUACUUCAAUGGAACUUUGGGAAGAGUUACGGGCCUGGAUCCAGCGCUUCCCCUGUUCUCCUCACGUGCCGACGACAGCUUGCAUGCAAAUGCCGGCCUCUUUGUGGAUGUGAUUCACACCGAUUUCCCAUUGUUUGGCGACUUGAGACCUCGUGGGACGGUGGACUUCUAUCCAAACUUUGGAGAGGCUCCCCAGCCAGGAUGUGAGGACGUGGACCUAGUUGCAGCCAGUAAGCUCCUACAUGAGGCUUAUAGUUGCAGUCAUAAUCGGGCUGUCAUGUUUUUUGCGGAAUCCAUUGGAGUGCCACAGAAUUUUCCAGCUAUACCUUGUAGCCUAAAAUCUAUAAAAAGUCGUCAAGUUGAUGUAUGCAUCAAGGAAAUAUCUGGAUCGGGAGGUAUAGAUGAGAACCAGGUGGUUUAUAUGGGCGAGAACGUCAAUCGAAGCGCCACCUUGUAUUAUUAUUUGGCAACUAAUGGAGCGCCUCCUUACGGCCAAGGAAGGAACUCAAAGUUUUAUUAAAGU